AUGACGUCGCUCAAAUUAGACGAGCGGUUCUGGUGCACGUACUUCCCAACAACCCUUAAUGGAAGCGCGGACACAUGGUUCAAAACACUUCGUCCAGGAAGCAUCUACAACUUCGGCCAACUUAAGUACAUGUUCCUCACAAACUUCAUGCAACUGAGAAAAUAUAAAGGCAACUCCCACUCAAUCAUUGCAUGCAAGUAUAAAGAGGGUGAAAGCAUAAGGGAGUACUUCACGAGGUCCACAAACGCCACGCUAGAUGUCCCAAGACAUGAUGAAGGCCUCAUAGCCGGAGCCUUCACGUGGGGACUCCCACCCGACCCUUUGUCGCAAAAGCUCAUGGGCAAAAAACCGCAGACGAGGGCCGAACUAAAGGAAAAGGUGGAACGAUACUUGAGACAGGAGGAGAGUGAAGCAACGAAACAAGCGUAUCUGAAUGCCAUGAUGACCAAGCGUCAUAGGCGUUAG